AUGUGUGAGCUCCAGACCCAGGCUCCCAGGGGCCCCAUCCGCAGAGGCAUGCUGCUUUUGGCCUCCCGCCCGGCCCGCAGUGCGGAGGUGCGCAGGGCUCGUAAAAACAGCCAGGGCAUGAGAGGAGGGGUUCCUGCGCUCUCAGGUGCUAAUGGCCCCCAGGGGCCCCUCAUGCUGAGGACACAGCCAGGGGCCCCACGCACACACCUGCCUGCACCAGAUCUGUCCUCGGAGCAUGGAUCCUGGGCUGGCACGCUGCUGGUGGAGGGGGUAGUGGUGGGUCAAAUGCCCGAGGGAAGAGCAGAUAAGGGGAUGUGGCGUUUGAUGUGCGACUCUAGUGUUUCUGCUGCCGGGGAUUAUCAGGAAACGGACACGGCCCGAGGUAAAAGACGCUGA